AUGGAUCGAUUCUUACGUCCUGAACGAUUCGAUACCGACUACAAUACUCAAGACUCGGCAGAUACCUGGUUUUGUACUUUCACAAACUUCCUAGAGUCAAUCGGUCCUCAUUCACCAGAUAAACUGAAAACCUUGUUCAAUUACGUCUCCCCUAGUGUUUACCGAUUCAUCAAAGACUGCAAAUACUAUGAAUCAGCCAUCGAAACCUUGCGAGAAAUUUACGUACAGCCGAAAAAUGUUUUCGCACGGCAUCUUUUGAACACUUGUAAACAGGAAGGAGCUCAGAACCAACCGUGGACCCAGUUGGACCACGUGGCCAUCAGUCACCGGUGGAGAGCCACAAUUCAAGACUGCCGUUCCUUCUGGGGCACACCACUUGAUUCCGAUCACGCCAUGGUGCGCGCACGCCUGACAGUUCGUUUCCCUUCAGGCCCUCGCAAGUCGGCAAGAAACGUGCCAAUCCACUAUCUCAGAAGAACUGCCAUAGCUCAACAGUAUCGAUCUGAGCUAGCCCAACAACUCUCCACAGUAAAACAAUACUGUGGUGGCAGUGAACAUGUGGACGAAGCGUGGCAAAAUCAGCAACCGGAGUCCAACGCUGAUUCAUUUAUUAAGCCGGAACUAUCUGACUCUGCUUCGGAAAGUGAAAUGUCGAAUUCUUCUGAACACCCAUUGGUUAUACAACAACAGCGGACACGGCCGUAUGUCCUGCGCAACAGAGAGGCCUGA